AAUCGGGAAUCGAUACUGUGAUGCCACCCAGUUUUCUGCUCCGGCUGUUUGUGUUUUUGCUAUGACCAUCAGGAUUGCGAACCGAAAUAUGUUUAUCUUAAAUGCCAUCGACGAGGAGGAAAAGUGCACGGAGGCCCAGCUAGACAUCCUGCUCAAGAUCAACACAGGGGAAUACCGGCUGGUGAAGAAGAACAAGCGGAGCUCCGUAUGGAACGUCUAUCGGGAAAUAGCUCGUUCUGAUGGGACGAAGCUGAAAUGGAGGUACUAUUGCAUUGGCUGCAAGCGCGUAAUGCAGUCAACCGGUGGUACCACUUCCAAUCUUCGUAUUCAUAAGUGCCACGUGCGUUACCUCAAGCAGAAUGCCCUAAACAGCGACAAGAGCCCCUCCUACAAACAAGCCACUGUUCACAAUGCCGCGCCAUUAGCGGUGCGAAAUCAGAGAUCAACAAUCCGGCGACCAACGCCAUCCUAUGUUACCCAAUGCCAACAACUCUUCGAAGUGGCCAUGGAUCCACUUAGCCAGUACAGUGACGCGGAGGACGAAAUAGAGGGCCAUUUGGAAGAGGAAAUUGCCGUGGAGCAAACCCUCAAAUCCGAGAGGGAUCUGGAAUCCUCAAACCCCCGUCCGCUGUUAAAGCUAUUUUCUGAUGAGAACUUGUCGAUUCAGGCAGAGCCGGAAGAAGAGAUUGAAACAGUUGAGACAAUAGAGCAGGUGCCCAUUGAACUGGAUCUAAAUGAUAUCCAGCAAACUUCGUCAGACUUUGGACAUGAGGCAAUCGAGACGAAACCAACGGAAUGUGGCAUCGCGUUCGAUGCCAGUUCCCUGUCCGAAGCUGAAUCCUAUGCCAAAGCCUGGGCACAUGCCUUCCUCCGCUUAUCCGAGGAUCAAAAGUUCUAUGCCAAGCGUUCUAUUGACGAGCUACUUGUUUUGGGACGUCUAGAGCGACUGAAUAUUUCGACCGUCACAUCUUUGACCACAAACCUAUAAGCACCCAACCACGCCAAUAAUAUCUACCCUAGAGUAAGCAAUUUACAAUGCAGAUUAAAUGAUUUGCUCAACUAA